CAUCCCUCCUCGGACGGGCAUGCUUUGAAUCUUGACCGUGUCCACACCAGCAUGGGGGUCGAUCGCAGGAAGGCAGCCGUCUUUGGCGGCGCUCUAGCCCUGCGACUGCUUCUCUUGGUGCUGUUCCCCUCCCUCCCCGACCUGCUGACGGGCAGGGUCGAGGUUUCAACGCCAGUCACCAGCUUCAAAAGACUGCAAGAAGGCCUUUUUCUAUACACGCGCAAUGUCUCUCCCUAUGACGGAGGCGUCUUCCACCAGGCACCGCUACUCCUCCCCCUCUUUUCGCUCCUACCGAACUCUCAAUCCUUUCCUCUACCGACAGCAGUAUUCUACGCCUUGAUCGACCUUGUGAAUGCGAACGCGUUGGUCACGAUAUCGGACUCUGGGCAGGCGGUCUCGGGGCGAUUCUACUCGGCGUUGCGGAAGCACAUCAGAUGGGAUGGUGUGUCAAUAGCAGCAUGGUUCCUGUUCAACCCCUUCACCGUCGCAACAUGUCUCGGCCGGUCAACCGGAGUGUUUACCACUACUGGGAUCUUGUACGCCUUUGCAAACGCCGCCACUGGGAACAGCUUGAACGCGAUGCUUGCUCUGGGGCUGGCGUCUUACCUGUCCAUAUACCCAGCGCUUCUCUUCCCCCCUCUUGUUCUCCUCUGCCACGACCAGCAAGUUCAAACGACCAAGGCACCCUCGGGGGCUGCAUUAUACGCUGUUCGACAUUUCGCAGUUUUUGCGACCAGCAUCGCCGGCCUCCUCGGGAUCUCCGCCUUGCUAAUCGGCGACAUUUACACCUUCAUGUCUGCGACGUACGGGUUCCAAUUGCUCGUCCCUGACCUGACCCCCAACGUGGGCCUGUGGUGGUACUUCUUCAUCGAGAUCUUCGACUCAUUCCGGGAAUUCUUCCUCGGGGUCUUCUGGCUCCAUCUAGCCGCCUACAUGGGCGGCCUGACCGUGCGCCUGCGUCGACAGCCUUUGUUCGUGCUCACCUCACUCCUGGGGAUUUUCGCCAUCUUCAAGCCUUACCCCAGCAUCUCCGAUGCGUCCUUGUACUUCGCCCUCCUCCCCCUUUACCGCCACCUCUUCCCCCUGAUGCGAUACACCUUCUUUGCCAUCUCCGCCCUCCUCUACGCCACUCUUCUAGGACCCGCCUUCUACCACCUCUGGAUCUACGCGGGGUCCGGCAACGCGAACUUCUUCUACGCCAUCACCCUCGUAUGGAGUCUCGGCCUCUCCAUCCUCCUAGCCGACACCAUCUUCGCCGCUCUCCGCGACGAAUGGGAGCACGAUAAUCCUGAAUUGCGAGGCAAGGAAGCCAGACAAGUGUAAUUU